UGUUCUUAUGGUAAAAUCUUUAAAAUCUACUUGUACCUGAAGUGUCAAAACAAUGCCAAAAUCUAUCAGUAUAAUUUCCAUUUUUGCUUGUAAAAUUGUCAUCUGCGCAUGUGCAUUUAAAUCUCUCUCUCUCUCUCUCUCUCUCUCUCUUCCAGUGAUCCGAGCAAAAAUAUCCAGUGAAAAGGUUGUUCCUGCCAGUGAUGAUCCCCUUGAUACCCACAAAAUGAUCCGGUAUGAAAUCAAACAAAUAAAGAUGUUUAAAGGAUUUGAAAAGCUCAAGGAUGUCCAGUAUGUCUACACCCCUUUUGAUUCAUCACUCUGUGGAGUGAAACUAGAAGCCAACAACAAAAAGCAGUACCUUCUAACAGGCCAAAUUUUAAAUGAUGGCAAAGUGCUGAUCCACUUGUGCAACUACAUUGAGCCGUGGGAUGAUUUAUCCUUGUCUCAGAAAAAGAGCCUGAACCAGAGGUACCAGAUGGGCUGUGGCUGCAAGAUCACCACGUGCUACAUGGUGCCCUGCUCCAUCACGGCGCCCAACGAGUGCCUGUGGACGGACUGGCUGAUCGAGCGGCGGCUCUACGGGCACCAGGCCCGGCACUACGCCUGCAUCAAGAGGAGCGACGGCACCUGCAGCUGGUACCGGGGGGGUCCUCCCCCCGAGAAGGAGUUCAUGGACAUCAGCGAGCCCUGAGCGCUGCUGCUCCCAAAGCCAGCGCCCAGGAGGCUCCAUCCACGCCGCCCCGCAGAGCCGCCGCGUGCCUCGCCUCGAAGCCAGCGCUGGUUGUCCCCAAAGGCUCCGUGGGGCCGCCGCUGGUGCAGGACGAGGGACAAACCUCCUGCAGGCACCUGCUCUGCUCUGCCCUGCUUUGCACAGAGGGCCGGCAACGUCCUCCGAGGCACAGCAAAUUCCCUUUUUGCCAAUAUGAAUGUACAAGAACAAAUUUUGCCCAAAUUUUGCCCCCCACCACGUUUUUGAUAACCUGCAGAUUAAGAGCUCCCCGUGUUUUGUUCCAAAUCUUUCCGAUGAACUACGGAAUGUUUUAUAGAACUAUUUUUUUUUUCUGUAUGAAAGUCUUGGAUAUGAAAGAAUUAUUGUACAGUGUAUAUGUAAAGUAUUAUAACAAUGUGCUAUUAAAAAAAAAUUCACAAAUAUUUCCUCACCUGUCGAGAUGAGUUGAACACUUCUGUGAUUAAAACAAUCUGUGCUCCACA